AUGACAAGAUUGCUGAAACGCUUGGAGUAUAAGAAGGAAUUCAAAUCAUUUUGGAAAAUCAUAAUCCAAGAACAUCAUGAAAAAGAGAAUUUAACACCUAAGACUAAAUUACUCACUGAAGAUCUUCCUCAAUCUUCUCAAGUUGAUCACAAAAUAAUUAAUAAGAGUAUUAAAAUAAAUGAUGAUGAUAAUACAUCUAAUUUACUUAUUGUAAAUCACAAAAAAAUUAAUAAGAACAUUAAAAGGAAUAAUGAAGAAGUUACAGCUGAUGAUCCAUUUAUUAACCUUAAAAAGAGACAAAGACAAAAUGAAGAUUAUAUUGGUUUGGCAUAUAAAGAUCUUGUUUCAGCAAAUGAAUCAGUUCUUCAAGUAACUAUAGAACUUCUUUUGCCAUCAAAAUAUCGUGUUCCUGAACUUUGCUUAAUAAUGAAUACUGCAGUGAAUAAGGGAAACGGUAAAUUUGGUUUUCUUGAUGUUUUUGUCCUAGGAGAAUGCUAUACUAAUAUUGAAUUAAAAUAUAUUCCACUAACUGGGUUAGUGAGUAAUACUGAUGCAAGAGAUUUAAAUGCAAAUGAAUUGGGAGAAUUAGAUAAAGUAAUUGAAAGAGAAGAUGAAGAUAUAUUGCUAAGAAGACAAUGUAAAUAUUAUGAUAAAAAAACUAAUAAAUAUAUUCGCACAACUAUAAAUGAUGUAUUAAACAAUGGAGCAAAGCAAUUAGAAAGGUACAUGAGAAUAAUUUCAAAAGGACAGGCAAAUAAAUAUUCCACAGGAGUAUGUGAUGAACGAAUUAAGAUAGUUAAUUCAAAUCCUAAUAAGUUGAUAGGAUUUGUUAUUGUAGUAAUAGGAUUUCGUCGAAUAAUAUGGAGAUCCGUUGAUGAAAAAUCAACUAAUUAUAGAUAUAUUAAGAUUAAUUAA